CCUUGAAUAGCGUUCUCUGCUGGAUGUUUCUCUGGGGUUUUGUGGCAGUUGUUUGAACAUUGCAAAGUGAAAGAGGUAUUUUUUGAAGGUUCAUUUAUUCUGGAUGCACGGGUACCUUUCUUGCAUUUCCAGUCAGGACUAAUGCAGAUUGGGUCACAGACGAGUCUGAAAGGUGAACACUGCUUGCCCUCCUGAUCUCACAAUGCUGCAGCCCCAUGUGCUGAGCGUGUGCCAUGUGCUUGUGCUGGUGCUGUGUCUGUCUGCGGCUGAGGACUUCGACUGGACAAAGAACCACCGUGGCUCCUUCUAUUAUGGCACUUUUCCAACUGGUUUUUCGUGGGGUGUCGGCAGCUCAGCCUAUCAAACAGAAGGAGCCUGGGACAAGGACGGAAAAGGAAUGAGCAUCUGGGAUGUCUUCACCCAUAAGAAGGGGAAGGUGAUCUAUAACGAAACCGGGGACUCGUCAUGUGAAGGAUACUACAAAGUUAAGGACGACAUUGCCCUACUGAAAGAGCUGAAAUUGAAUCACUAUCGAUUUUCCAUCUCUUGGCCCCGAAUCAUGCCAACAGGAAUAAAAUCUGACCAUGUGAAUGAAAAAGGAAUAAAAUACUAUGAUGACUUAAUUAAUCUUCUCUUGGAGAACAAGAUCACCCCCAUUGUGACUCUGUACCACUGGGAUCUACCUCAGGUUCUCCAAGAAAGAUAUGGGGGCUGGCAAAAUCUAAGCAUGAUCAAUUACUUUAAUGACUAUGCCAACCUAUGUUUCGAGAGGUUUGGUAAUCGUGUGAAAUACUGGAUUACUUUUAACAACCCUUGGUCUAUUGCUGUUGAAGGAUAUGAAACAGGAGAGCAUGCGCCUGGGAUGAAGCUGAGAGGAUCUGGACCGUACAAAGCAGCUCAUUAUAUCAUCAAGGCUCAUGCCAAGGUUUGGCACACUUAUGACAACCAAUGGCGCAGCAAACAAAAAGGUAUGGUUGGCAUUUCCCUGAACGGUGACUGGGGUGAGCCUGUUGACAUUACAAGCCAGAAGGACAUUGAAGCCGCUGAAAGAUACAUUCAGUUUUACCUGGGCUGGUUCGCAACCCCCAUAUUUAAUGGAGACUAUCCACAAGUGAUGAAAGACUACAUAGGUAGGAAGAGUGCACAGCAAGGCCUGGGAACCUCAAGGCUGCCGACCUUCUCGUCCCAGGAAAAGAGCUACAUCAAGGGAACAUGCGAUUUCCUUGGAAUCGGGCAUUUCACUACCCGGUACAUCACACAGAAAAACUUCCCAGCCAGUCACGGCCCCAGCUACUUCACAGACAGGGACCUGGCAGAGCUGGUGGACCCCCGGUGGCCUGAACCUGGCUCUGAAUGGUUGUAUUCUGUGCCAUGGGGGUUCAGGCGCUUGCUCAAUUUCGUGAAGAUUCAGUAUGGAAACCCCAUGAUCUACGUGACAGAGAAUGGAGUGUCUGAAAAGAUGACUUGUACAGAGCUUUGUGAUGAUUGGAGAAUGCAGUACUUCAAGGAAUACAUCAAUGAGAUGCUUAAAGCGAUUAAGGAUGGUGUGAAUGUGAAAGGAUACACUGCCUGGUCCCUGCUGGAUAAGUUUGAAUGGGAUGAGGGUUACUCCGAGAGGUUUGGAUUGUACUAUGUUGAUUUUAGAAACAAGAAUAAACCACGCUACCCAAAGGCCUCGGUCCAGUAUUACAAAAGGAUCAUCAGUUCAAAUGGAUUCCCGAACCAGAAGGAGGCUGAAAACUGGCAUCGCAAGGCAAUAGAGACCUGCUCUUCAAGUAAUCAGCUUCUUGCUGCAGAACAACAGCGGACUACUGCUGCCAAUAUUCUAAGACUUAUUCAUGAUCCCCUGACCAGUCACAUGGAGAUGGUGACAGAGAUCGUUGUCCCCACUGUGUGCACCCUCUGCAUACUGCUGAGCGCAAUAUUCCUCAUGUUCCUUCUUCGAAGGCACAACUAGUAAUGAACUUAGAUAAGGGUGUUCUUUUAGUAGAAAUCAAUAGAAGUUUAACUGAAAAGAUAAUUUUAUAAAACUGACAGAUUCUGUCACCCCCACCCCCCCCCCCCCCCCACCCCCCACACACACAAAGGCGCACUGUAUUUUAUCAGUUUUUAACACAAAGUGCUGCUUGACAUUACUUUCCGUGAGUAAUAUCUUUAACAUGUCCAGACGUAUGAUGUUCAUAUUUUUAAUGAUAAAAUAUUUCGCAAAACAAAGUCCCUGUGCUGCUCAAAUUUCUGCAUGCUGCCGUCAGGUUUGGUGUUUGAUGUGAAAAAAAUAGGUAGGUUGCUUUGCACAGAAAAGAGACGCUGUGUUACCUGAAAGACGGAGAUUAUUAUUUCAAUCACCAGUAUAAAGUUUCAAACUAUUUUGUGUAAGAUUACAGAAUAAUUCCUUUGCAAGACAAGCCUAUACACCUCCAGGAUUGUAAUGAAAUACACUUCUGAUCUAGUUUGAGCCCUACAUUUUAUUACACUUUAUUGAAAUUGUGUAAAGACGAUAUAGGUAUUGAAAAAAUUAUAUAAUUAUUUAAAGGUUGUUGGUAUUAUUAAGUCAUUACAAAUUAAAAACAGCGUUGAAAGA